AUGCUAAAAGAUCAAUACUCAAGAACAAAAAUAAUAACUAAACCCCCGCACCAUCACCCCUACACCAUCACCCCUACACUAUCACCCCCACACCAUCACCCCCACACCAUCACCCCUACACCAUCACCCCCUACACCAUCACCCCCACACCAUCACCCCACACCAUCACCCACACACCAUCACCCCUACACCAUCACCCCCACACCAUCACCCCCACACCAUCACCCCCACACCAUCACCCCCACACCAUCACCCCCACACCAUCACCCCCACACCAUCACCCACACACCAUCACCCCACACCAUCACCCACACACCAUCACCCCAUCAAAAUCACCCCCACACCAUCACCCCAAAACAAUCACCACUACACCAUCACCCCAAACAACACAAAGACAACAGCACCCCAAACAAGCACCACGACACAGCACCCGACACCAGACGCACAGCAGCACCCCCACACCAGCACCCCCACCAAACACCCAGCAAAAGCACCCAACACCAGCAAACCCACAACCAGCACCCCACACCAGCAACCCAAACCAGCACCCCCCACACCAGCACCCACAACCAGCACCCCAGCAAAAAGCACCCCCACACCAGGCACCCACAAAACCAGAAACCCCCACACCCAGCACCCACACACCAGCACCCACACACCAGCAACCCCCCACAAACCCGCAACCCACACCCCCAAACACCCACACACCCGCACCCACACACCAGCACCCCGACACCAGCACCCCCAAAACCAGCACCCCCACACCAGCAACCACAAAACCAGCACCCCACCCACCACCACCCCCACACAAGCCCCUACACCAUCACCCCCACACCAUCACCCACACACCAUCACCCACACACCAUCACCCCACACCAUCACCCACAAACCAUCACCCCCACACCAUCACCCCCACACCAUCACCCCCACACCAGCACCCCAGAAAAGCAACCCCAACCCCACACACCACACACCAGCACCCCAGACCAGCACCGGAGACAGCCGCCCACACCAGCACCCCAACCAGCACCCGACACCAGCACCCACAGACCCGCACCCGACACCAGCACCCCAGACCGCACCCCACCCCCAGCACGCCCAGACCAGCACCACCACACCAGCACCCCACACCAGCACCCGACCCCCAGCACCCCAACACCAGCAGCCCCACACCAGCACAAGCACACCAGCACUACCCGACAAGCAGGACCCCCGACAACAGCACCCCCCAGACCAGCACCCCACACCAGGACCCCGACACCAGCCACCCCCACACCAGCACCCCCCACACCCAGCACCCCCCACACCAGCACCCCCCACACCAGGACCCCCGACACCAGCACCCCACACCAGCACCCCGACCACCAGCACCCCCACACCAGCACCCACACCCCAGGGCCCCGCACCAGCACCCCCACGCCAGCACCCCGACACCAGCACCACCACACCAGCACCCCGACACCGGCAGCCGACACCAGCAGCCCGACACCAGCACCCAGACACCAGCAACCCCCACACCAGCACCACCACACCACACCACCACACAGCACCCCCACACCAGGCACCCCCACACCAGAACCCCGACUACUGAGCACCCCCACACCAGCACCCCGACACAAGCACCCCGUACACCAGCACCCCCACCCCAGCAACCCGUACACAAGGACCCCAGACACCAGCACCCCGGACACCAGCACGCCACACCCGGACCCCACACCAGCACCCGACACCCCGCCCCCAACACCAGCCCCCGACACCCGCACCCACACCGCACCCCCACACCAGGGAACCCAACACACCACCCCCAACCAGCCCCACAACCAGCACCCCAACACCAGCACCCCAACCAGCACCCGACACCAGCAGCCACAAAGGCCCGACACCCGCACCACGACAACAGCACCCGACACCACACGGGAGACACGAGACCCCGACACCCAACCCACACAAGCACCCGACACAGCACCCCACAGAGCACCCGACACCAGCACCCCACAACACCCACACACCACACCCCAACACCAAACCCCACACCCACCCAACACACCAGCACCCCACCCCCAGCUACCCCGACACCACACCACCACACCAGCACCCCGACACAGCACCCCCGACACCAGCCCCCCACACCAGCACCCCGACACCAGCACCCCCACCCAUCACCACACACCAGCACCCCGGGCCACCAGCACGCCGACACCAGGACCCGACACCAGCACCCCGAACACCAGCACCCGACACAGCACCCCCACACCCCACCCGAACACCACACCCCGACAGAGCACCCGACACCACACCCCACACAGCAACCCAAACACCAACCCAAACACCAGCACCCAAAACAAACCCGACCCCGACACCAGCACCCGACAAACCCGCACCACCACACCACACCCCACACCAGCAAACCCGAACGAGCACCCCCACACCACACCCACACAAAGCACCCCGACACCACACCCCAAACCACCCCCACACCAACACCCCCACACCAACACACCCACAGAUCAACACCACACCCCCACACCAUCACCCGACACCAGCACCCCACACCAGCACCCCACACAAACACGAGACACCAGCACCCCCAAACACCCCACACCAGACCCGACACAGCACCCCACAACAGACCCAACACCAGCAAAAAGAAACCACACCCGACACCAGCACCCCAACACAAGCACCCCAAAACCAGCACCACAACACACAACCCGACACAUUCACCCUACACCAACCCACACCACAACCCCCACACCAGCACCCACGACACCACACCCCCACACCACGCCCCGACACCAUCACCCCCACACCACACCCCACACCCGCAGGAGACACCAGCACGCCCACACCAGCACCCCACACCCGGGACGAGACAAUCACCCCCACACCAUCACCCCCACACCAUCACCCACACACCAUCACCCCACACCAACACACCACACACCAUCACCCCUACACCAUCACCCCCACACCAUCACCCCCACACCAUCACCCCCACACACAAGCACCCCACGAACACCAGCACGCACACACCAGCAACCAGACACCAGACCCCCCACACCACACCCACACACCAGCAACCCACACACCAGCACGCUUUCACCGACCGACACCACACCCGACACCAGCACCCGACACCAGCACGCCCACCAGCACCCCCAAGACCCACAGGGACCCGACACCAUCACCCCCACACCAGCACGCACACACCAGCACCCACACCCACACCACACAAACACACACCAGCACCCCGACACCAGCACCCCACACCCCACAACGGCCCGACACCACGCACCCCCAACCAGCACCCCCCCACACCAUCACCCCACACCAUCACCCCAACACCAUCACCCCCACACCAACACCCCCACAAACCCGCACCCCACACCAACGCAUCACCCAUCACCCCAAAACCAGCCACCCACACCAGCACCCCCACACCAGCACCCCACACAGCACGAGGACACAGCCCCAACCAGCACCCCCACCAGCACCCGACAGCCAGGCACCCCCACACCAUCACCCCACCCCACCCCCCCACCCCCACCCCCCAACCCCACACCAUCACCCCACACCAUCACCCCCACACCAACACCCACACACCAUCACCCCCAAAACCAUCACCCCACACCAUCACCCCCACACCAUCACCCACACACCAUCACCCCCACACCAUCACCCCCACACCAUCACCCCACACCAACCACCCCACACCAGCACCCCGAACCCGAACGAAACACACCCACAACCCGCACCCCCCAACACAAAACACCCGCACCCCACACACACCCACACACCAGCACCAGACAACCCACCCCCCAACCAUGCACCCCCACACCAGCAACCCCAAACCCCACCCAAAACCCCCCACCCCACAGCACACCACACCCAACACCCAACCACACACCAGCACCCCACACCGAACACCAGCACCACAACACCCGAAACCGAGCACACACCACACAAAAACACCCCGACACCACACCCCAAAACCAGCACCCCACACCAUCACCCCUACACCAUCACCACCACACCAACACCCACACCAGAAACCCCAAACCAGCACCCAACACCCAAGCACCCAAACCAGCACCCAAACCCAAAACCAGCAACCCCACCCGACAACAGACCCCACACCAGGCAACACCACACCCCGCCGCACAAACCAGCACCCCAAAUAAGCACCCCAAACAGCACCCCAACAAGACCCCCAACAAAACCAGCACCCCAACAAAGCCAAAACAAAACCCGCAACACCAAAACCCAAAGCCCCCACCAACCAAAACCCCACACCAGGCACCACACAGAACCACCAGCACCCCACACCAGACCCCACCACACCCCACCGCACCCCCCCCCGCACCACAAACCCGCAAACCAGAAACCCGCCCCCCCACACCUAAACACCCACACACAGCACCCCCACACCAGUCCCCCACAGACCAGCACCCCAGACACCAGCACCCCACACCAGCACCCCCACACCAGCACCCCAACCAGGCAUCCACACCAGCACCCCCACACCAGCACCCCCACACCAGCACACCCAACCAGCACCCCACACCAGCACCCCACAACCCACACACCCCGACAAGCCCCACCGCAGACCCGACACCAGCACCCCCACAACCCCGCACCAGACACCCAACACCCCACACCAGCACCCGACCCCAGACCACCAGCACCCCCCACCAGCACCCCACACCAGAAACCCCCAACCAGCACCCCAACACCAGCACCCCACACCAGCACCCCCAAACCAGCACCCCACACCAGGACCCCGAACCAGCACCCCCACCCAGCACCCCGACACCAGCACCCCAACCAGCACCCCCAAACCAGGGACCCGACACCAAGCAGCCACCCAGCCCCACCACCAGAACAACCCCCAAAAAAGACCCCCAACCCCACCACAAAAGCACCCCAAACAGACCCACACAGCACCCCGAACCACAAACCCCGAAAAGCAAACCAACACCAGGCACCCCAAAGAACCCACCAAGCACCCGACACCAGCCCACACCAGCACCACACCAGCACGAAACCAGCACCACCAACCACCCGAACAGCACCCCACACCAGCACCCCCACCACACAGCACCCCCACACCCACCACCCCCCACACCACACCCACACCACACCCAACCAGCAACCCCAGCACCAGCCACCAGAAACCACAGCCCCCACAAACCCGACCCCGACCCCACACCCCACACCAGGACCCCGAAACCCCCCAGAACAGCCCACACCAGCCCCCCACACCAGCACCCCGACACCCAGGGAAAACCCCACACCAGCACCCCCACACCAGCACCCCACACCAUCACCCCCACACCAUCACCCAAAACCAGCACCCCCGACACCAGCACCCCCACCCAGCACCCCGGAAAAACCAGCACCCACACACCAGCACCCCCACACCAGCACCCGACACCGAGACCAACCCGAGACACCAGCACCCAACACCAGACCACCCCGACCCCCACAGCACCCCCACCACCAGCACCCCACACCAGACCCGACAACACCCCGACACCAGCACCCCGACACCCAAGCACCCACCAGCAAACCCGCAAACCCACAAAACCAGCACCCACACCCGCACCCCAACAAGGACCCCCCCCGACACCAAGCACCACACACACCGCACCCCACACCAAACACCCGACACAGCCCCCCACACACCAGCAACCCCGGGCCCAGAACCCCAACCAGCACCCCCACACCAGCACCCACAAACCCGCAACCCCAACCACACACCCCCACACCAGCACCCCACACCAGCACCCCACACCAGGAAACCCCACACCGCACCCCGACACCAGCACCCCGACACCAGCACAACCCCACACCAGCACCCAACACCAGAACACCCACCGACACAGCACCCGACACCAGCACCCCCACACCAGCACCCACACACCAGCACCAAACACCAGCACCCACACCAGCACCCCAAACCAGCACCCGACACCAGCACCCCGACACCCACAACCACAACCAGGCAACCCGACACAGCAACACACCCCAACACCCUCCCCCACACCAGAAACCCCACACCCGCACCCCACACCAGCACGACACAGCCCGACACCAGCACCCCCACACCAGCACCCCACACCAGCACCCGACACCAGCACCCCCACACCAGCAACCGACACCAGGCACCCCCACACCACACCCCACACCAGCAGCGAACACCAACAACCCCCACACCACACCCCCAGCAGCGGGCACCAGCACCCCCCACCCCCCACCACCAUCACGCCGACACCCGCACGCCCACACCCAGCACCCCACACCAGCCCGACACCACACCCCCAACCACGACACCCCCCACCACCCCCCCACACACCAGCACCCCCAAAAACCACACCCCAAAAACCGACACCCCAGCACCCCUACACCCAGACCCCACACCACACCCCCACACCACACCCCCACACCAUCACCCACACCAGCACCCCACACCACACCCCACACCAGACAACCCAGCACCCCCACACCAGCACCCCCACACCAGAACCACCACACCCCACCCACACCAGCACCCAAAACCAGCACCCGACACCAGGCACCCCACCCCAUCACCCGACCCCAGCACCCAAAACCAAACACCCCACACCACCCCCCCCACACCACCACCCACACACACCACCCACACCACCACCACACCCACACACACCCCACCCACACCAUCACCCCCACACCAUCACCCACACACCAUCACCCCACACCAUCACCCUACACCAGCAACACCCCACAAACACCCACACACCAGCACCACACACCAGCACCCCAACCAAACCCCAAAAAACCCACACCAGCACCCCACCAACCCGCACCACAAAACAAAACAGCGACCUAAAACCCCUCCGGAAAAAAAAGAAACAAUCCACAAAAAAAAAGCACCACCAAAAACACGAAACACAACGGACAAAUAAACCAAAAAAAAGAAAAAAACGCACAAAACAAUGA